AUGUAAAGUGAAAGUACCAGCUGUAAAGAAACUGACUGUUCAUAGAGCCCCCAAUGUGCUAACCAUAUCCUUAAAACGUUUUGAUUUUCAUCGGUUCAUGGGUUCCAAGAUAAACAAAGAUGUGCGAUAUCCUGAAAUUCUAGAUCUGCAUCCUUAUAUGAGUCAGAAAACGGGUGGUCCUAUUAUGUACAGAUUGUACGCUGUACUGGUACAUCAUGGUUACUCUUGUAACUCUGGUCAUUACUAUUGCUAUGUACGAGCACCUAACGAGGCGUGGUACUGUAUGAAUGACUCCAGUAUAACACAGUCUAACAUUAAAACAGUAUUAGAUCAAGAAGCAUAUAUAUUAUUCUAUAUCAAAUCAAAUAUGAAAACAACUAACUCUUUUAAGGAGAAGACUGCUCAACCUGCAACUCAGGUCAAGUUUACAAAUACAUUGCCAUCAUCUUCAUUGGUCAAUAGUGUUAGUAAUCCAACAACUGGUGCUAUUGGAAAAUCUAUUGUCAGACUUAAGCCUCAGCCAGUGACAACACCAAAGGAGAUAAAACCAGCCAAAUUGUUUUCUACAAGUGAAUCCUCACCCAGACCUACUACCAUCCCAGUACCAAGUAAACGAGACAAAAUACAGUUUAAUAUCACAAUGAAACCAAAACAAAACAAUCAGUCCACUGUUCGUAAUGAAGAGACUAAAGCAAAAACAAGUGAUGUGGCAGCAACGAAUAAAGUUUUAGUAGCGUACACAAGUGAUUCUGACGAUAGUUGGGAUGAGUACGAUGAGACGGUUGCUAGGCUGUCAAAUCUACCAACACGGGAAAUCAAACAAAAACAGCAUCAUUCAGUUAAUUCAACCAAUAGUGAUGUAACACAAGUUGAUAAUGUUGAGAAAGAAAAAACAACAGAACAAUCAUCAAUAAAGAUUGAAAAGAAAACUGAAUCCACAGCAAAACAGACAUUAAACGUCACCAUUUCCCCUAAAGAAGACAACGAUCUAAGGGGAGUUAAUGACGAAAAAGUUGAAAAGGACAAAGGUAUGAAGCCUCCAAAUUUUCUAUCACCUAUCGGUAAAACAUCCAGCAAUGUAUUAAGUCGAAUGCAGCAUGUUGCGCAGAGUUCUCCGCUGAAACUGACGUUAAAUAAAGUGAAUAAAGUAAACGCAACAUCGCAUGCAUGGAGAGUAAGUGACUUGGAAUCCCAGAUAUCGCCAUCAUUAGCAUCAGAUAGCAGCAACCAUAGUUUAAACUCAACAGGAUCAGAUUGGCAAGUUAUUGAUAAAAAAGAUGCUCCUUGUACCCCAAAAGUGCCGGAAUACUCGCAUCCUGGCUGGAAAGUUACAACGCCGGAAGAGCAUACUGAGUGCAAAAAAAGGGAAAGAAUCACUGAGACAGAUGAGGAACCAAAAAAAUAUACUUUGGAGGAUUCAAAAUCUCCUGCAAACUGCAAGCAUGAACAUGAUAAUGUACAGAAAAUGCAAGAACCUGAAAGCUGCUAUCAAAGUGAAGUGGUUACACACAAUAGAAAUGGACACAUAAAAAGAGAGAAUAUUGAUAAAUCUUGUGAAAAUUCAGAGACAACUGUAAAUGGCCAUAAUGAAAAAAGAAUGAAUGGUAAUGAACAUAGGCACAAACGAAAGUGGAAAAAAGAUUGUGUUGAUGAACAUGAUUUAGUCAAAAGAAGAAAAGAUAAUGAAACUGAAUAUGAUAAAAAAAGUACUUUAUUAAAUGGAAAUGGUCACCACCACAAGAAACAUAAAAAACACAAGAAAUUGAAGAAAAAGAAAUCAAAACACAGGCAUUCACACUAUGAUGACAGUGAUUCUGACAAAGAAUAUAGAAGAGAAAAAAGGAAGAAAAAGACAAAACAUGAAUCUGGUGAGGAAUCUGCUAAGGAGAAAAAGACACACAAAGGUCAGUAUUGA